AUGGCCUCCGAGCAACCGAGACGAGAGGAUGUGAGCAAGAUAGAGGUGGAGAAAGACAGAGUCCCCAAGAUGACGACCCAUUUCGAGUCUCUUGCCCAAACAGAGGGGCGACAGCAGGGCCUCUCCUUGGAAGAGAUCUCCAAGUUGAGAGGCACGGCUCAGCAAAGCUCAGUUGAAGCCAUCCGGGCUGCUGAGGACCGCUACGAAAAGGCCAAUCAACAAAUGGGGACAGAAUCCAAAGGGCUGAAGGACCAGGCGCUGGAGAAGGUGGCGGAGGCCACAAAGGUGGUGUCAAAUGUGGCAGGGUACACCAAGGAUAAGGUGGUCGGAGCCGGGCAGACUGUGGCUGGGUACACCGGGGAGAAGCUGGCGGCGGUUAAGGAUGCUGUGGUGGCCGCUGAGGAGAAGGCUGCAGAUUAUGCCGCUAGGAAGAAGGCCGAGGCUCAGAGGGAUUUGGAAGCCAAGAAAUCAUCGCAGGAGCAAGAAAGUGGAUCUUUGGUGGGCAAGGAGCAGCAUGAGGAAAAGAAGAGCGAGGCAUUGGAUAGAGAGGAGAUAGGAGGAGAAGAGGGAAGUCCUCUGUUCGGAGGAGGUGCCGAAAAGCAAGGUCGUGGUGAAAGAGGAGGUGAACAGAAGGCGAGCCAAGGUCGCACAGGCACAGGCAGUGGUAGUGUACUCCAAGCGAUUGGGGAGACUAUAGUUGAAAUUGGGCAGACCACAAAAGAUCUUCUUUUGGGCCAAGAUAAGGACAAGGCCAAAAGGCAUGAGGAGCCGUACACGGGAUCCGGCGGAGGCAUUUAG